AUGAUUAGGCCCAUCAGAGUAUCCCGCCCAUUCACUCGCUCAACGUAUCUAUCUAGACGAGAUCUGACAACAUUGGGACUGAGGAGGGAAGAUCCCAAGAGGAUAUGGGAGAGAAGAACAGCUCUUACGCCAGAUGCUAUUAGGGGUCUGAUCCAAGCCCAGAGGUCAACGGGAGCUGGAGAGCUCAAGGUUGAAGUGGAAAGUUGUGGAAGAAGAUGUUUUUCGGAUCAGCUAUAUUCCGAGGCUGGAGCUAAGAUAGUUCCUUUAUUAUCAAACGAAGUGGAUGUUAUCCUGGGGAUAAAGGAACCCCCUCUAGCUGAAGUCCAUCGUUUGACAAAAGAUGGGAAGAAGAGGAAAUGGAUGGUGUUUUCUCAUAUUCAUAAAGGACAAGAAUAUAACACCCCUCUUUUAGCUGCUUUCCUUCCUCCUUCUCAAGGUCAGACAUUGAUAGACCACGAACUGCUGACGGCUCCCGCGACGAGCAAAGAAAGGAAAGUCACAAGAGCAAGAGUAGCUGCUUUUGGCUGGUAUGCAGGAGCUGUGGGAGCGGGUGAAGCUUUAUCGAUGACUGGGAUUGCAUUACUUAAGCGUGGAAUCGCUUCUCCUUUACUGCAUUUACCUAGACCAUACGCUUCUGGUACAUUGGCAGAAUUCAAGGCUUCUCUGCGGAAAUGCGGUGAAUCAGUCCGUUCUUCCCCAGAACUAGAGACCAAGGGACAAGGUCCUAUCGUUAUUGGGGUGACAGGCGCUGGGAACGUUUCCACCGGAUCGAAAGACAUGCUAGAUGAGCUGAAUGUAGAAUGGGUUAAAGCGGAGGACUUAGCUGGAUUAAAAGAUGCACCCAGUAACAGAAUUUACGGUUGCAUCAUACCCUCCUCGUCCUACAUUACCCGUAAAGAUGGGUCGUCAUACGAUAGAGCAGAGUAUUAUCGCACACCCGAGAAAUACAAAUCGUUCUUUGCCGAAAAAAUCGCACCACACAUCACCACUUUGAUCAACGGGGUAGGCUGGUCAUCUACCUUCCCUCGAACGAUCAGUAACUCCGAUCUUUCUUCCCUUCUAAACGCAGCUGGCGACAAACAGAAGCUACUAGCGGUACAAGAUAUCACAUGUGAUAAAGAGGGAGGACUGGAGUUUGUCAACCAGUUCACUACUAUUGACCAACCAUGCUUUAAAGGUCCCGGUGGAAUAUUGAUCAGCAGUAUUGACAUUCUUCCUACUGAACUUGCGGCGGAUGCGUCGGCUCAUUUCUCUUCAAAAAUUCUUCCUUAUGUAACAAGAGCUCUCUUUCCCGACGUCAAAGGUGAUAAAGCUGGAGAAGAGGACACGAUAGAAAGGGCAAAAAUCGUUGAUGAAGGCAAGCUGUUAGAACAACAUGGAUGGUUGAUGCCUCGUGUCCAAGCUUGGGGAGGACACUCUUCGAAUUCCUCAGACGUCGCUCCUAUUCGGGAAGACAAGCUAGCUCUGACAUCACAAAAGAAGAAGAAGAUCCUCCUCUUGGGAAGUGGAUUGGUAGCUGGACCGGCUGUGGAAGUUUUUGCUGCUCGAUCCGAUGUACAUCUAGCUAUAGCGAGCAACAACAUUUCCGAAGCUCGUUCACUUAUCAAAGACCGAAGUAAUGUCGAAGCUAUCUCGCUUGAUGUAGGAGAUGAGGUGGCUUUGAGCGAAGCUGUGGCUGCGGCAGACGUUGUGGUCAGCUUAUUACCCGCACAAAUGCACCCUCAAGUUGCAAAACAUUGUAUAAAUCAUUCCAGACAUCUAGUGACUGCAUCAUACGUUUCACCGGAGAUGAAAUCACUUGAUCAAGCUGCGAAAGAGAAGGAUGUACUUCUUCUAGGGGAAUGUGGACUUGAUCCAGGAAUUGACUCAAUGGCAGCCAUGCGAAUUCUGGACCGAGUUCAACGAGAAGGAAAGAAAGUCACCUCUUUCGUUUCCUGGUGUGGUGGAUUACCUGAACCCUCAGCGUCUGACGUGCCGUUGAGAUACAAGUUUUCUUGGAGCCCCAAGGCAGUUCUGACAGCUGCUCAGAAUGACGCUCAUUACAAGUUGAAUAAUGAGAUUGUUAGAGUGCCUGGAGAUCAACUUCUUUCUAACCAUUUUCCAGAAGUGAAACUUUGGCCUGAACUUCAAUUGGAAGGAUUGGCCAAUAGAGACUCUAUGCCUUAUGCUGAGAAGUACGGUCUUGGCGAAACAGACGGAUUGAAAGAUCUUUUCCGUGGAACACUAAGGUACCAAGGCUUCUCACGAUUACUAGAGUCAUUUCGCAGACUUGGUUUAUUGCGAAAUGAAGCUUUGAAAGAGGUACCUGAGAAUUGGGAAGGUUUCUUACUUGCCUCUACUGCGCGAGAGCUUGGGUACGAUAAAUCACUCAAAGACAAUGAUUUACCUAGUGCUCUAUCGGAUCUGCUUGGUUCUCACAAGACCGAGGAGGUUUUAGAAGCUCUUAAAUGGUUCUCGCUAUUACCUUCGACAUCAUCACCACCAUCCCCACUUCCUCUGCCGAACCUAAGAGCUCCUGUUCCAGUUGAUCUAUUCGCACAUCUCCUUUCACAUAAAUUAUCUUACUCAAAAGGUGAAAGAGAUACAUGUCUCCUGCAUCAUUCAUUCACACUUUCGCCUACAUCGUCACUUUCCGGACAAAAGCAACCGGAACAAAAAGUGACAGCUUCAUUAUUAUGUUAUGGUGAUGAGAACGCUUCUGCUAUGAGUGUGACAGUGGGGAAGACACUAGCUUUUGCGGCGUUGAGAGUAGCAGAUGGUUUAGUCAGAGGUAGAGGAGUCAAAGGUCCUUACGAAAGAGAAGUGUGGGAAGGCACUUUGGAUAAAUUGGAGGAGGUCGGCGUGGUGGUUAAAGAGAAAUGGGACUAG